UCCUGCUGCAGGCGAGGAGAGGCCAGAUCUACUGGAUCACGCCGGACGCCUGAGGGGAGGAGGAAGAAGAAAGCCAUGGGAAGGAACGGCUGUAAACAGUAAAGACACUAAGUUCCAUCUCCCUAGUUAGGUAGGGAGCGAGGAGAUGGCCAGGGGCGCUUGAGAACUUGGAAUAAGGUUGCCCUCUGCCGGUGAACCUACCAGAUCAGCUCACAGAGGAAGAGCGCCGAGACGAACGUGCCCGACUAAACGAUGCCGCUGCACUUUUGAGUCAUCUGACGCCUCUGCUCUGAAUUUACCGUGCUCCAGCAACUUCGCCUGCUCCAGCCUCCCUUGGGGCUUGCCUCCAGGGAGGAGAGGCACUCCUCGGGCGGAUUCCCAGAUGUGGACCCCCAGCAGUCCACUCUCGGUGUAAACUAAUAAAUGGUCAUUGGCAUGGUUAGCACCGCCCAGUGCUUCCCCGUCAGGUCAUCAGGGUGAAACAUCGAGGGUCUGCAGGGGCCCAGGGCUGCCGGAACCCACCUCCGCGCGCUGGCCCGGGUAGGGUACUGAGAGAGCGGCCCUUCCCGGGAUGGCAUCGGGCCCCACUGGGCUCUUCAGCGGGUUCAGGGCGGCCCAGAGGGUAAUGCAAAAUUGGGUAGAUGAGAGUGCAUUUUUGUGGGAAGAGUCUAAGGUUUCCCUCUGCCUCUCCAGGGCUCUCAGCCCGAGGAAGGGAAAGAACUGCGCCAGGAGGAAGGACGGGAGGUCCGGCCAGCGGGAAGGAACCCUGUUCCGCUCGGCCUCUGUCUGCUUCUGUGGGCUCAUCCUCCCCGCCGCGGCCAGUGUCACCAGAGAUGCAGGGGGAGCUGGUGGGUGUCGGGAGAGUUGGGGUUGGGGGAGGUCGCCACGCUCGGACACUCAGCCCCCGACUCACGCAGGACCCCCCGGAUUGGGGCGGCCGCCGUCAGACUCCAGCCCGCUGCCCUCGCAGGGCGGGCCACCUGGAGGCGGGCGGAGUCGACAGCGAUCAUAGUGAAAAUUCUCUCAAACCCGGAUCCCUCCUCCUUCGAAUCCGAGCCCUGGGAAGGGGCUCCGAGGCGCCUUCGGACUCCCCAGGCAGCGGAAACCCCAAGACAGAGACCUCGGUGACCCAGACGCCCUUCUCCAAGCCGAGAAUCCCUCUGCACCACAGCUGGCGCAGGAGUGAGGAGUUGUGGAAGGAGGCGCCGGGUUUCCUCGUAGAUGGGCGUGUUAUAUACAAGGGUUUUUCCUCCGAUCGCAACCGCAAGACGACCAGCUUUCGGGACUGAGCACCCGCUCAAUCUCCCGGUACUGGAGUCGGGUAAGGGUGGGGUGACGUUUGUCCCGGUUUCGGUCCUGUGCGUCAUAGACACCAGCAUCUCCUCUCUGAGCCGUAGGCAACAGGCUGAGCGGGGCUCUGAAAGGCGUGCAGUCGCCUAGCAGAGGGGGCGGUGCUGUCACCUGGCCGCCUCCCUAGGGACGGCGGAACUCGGUGCAGCCCAACCGCAGGCAGGCUGGACAGACUCCAUCCAGCCCAGGAAAAGGAGCGGCUUUCUCCCCUACCUACCCUGGGGGAAAAUAAACGGUCUCUGGCGUUUUCCUGCAUUCCUGACGUUUGACAAAACUAUUGUUGGAGGUUGGCCAUUGUGGGCGGGGAUGGAGGACUUCUCACUGGGAGCAAACCCGCCGGUCCCCAGGCCAGAGCGGAGUCAGCGCCUGCCCCAGGCAGCCCUCCCGGCACAAUGCCCCUUUGUGACCCGCCGUCCCGGGGUUGAUGCUGCCCCUCCACGCUCAGGGCUCCCUCCGCUUCGAGGAUUCUAAAGAUAGCCACUAGCCUCACUCUUCCUUGAGGUCUCGCCUGGGAAGAAAACAAAACAGGCUUCCUAACCACUGCGAGGGAGUGGAGGGGUGGAGAACUUUCCCUGGGCUCUGAGUGCGCGCCAGCGCUCCAAUGCUCCCUGACAGCCCUGUCCGGAG